CGGACACGACUGGACACAAGCGGAUUAUUGCUGAAGAUUCUGUUUCAAAUUUCUAAGAGAAGCAUGGCUAAGGAUAAUCUCACGGCUAUACUGUAUGGCAUCAACGAUUUGCGUUUGGAAAACACGAAUAUCGAGGAACCAGAGGACAAUGAGGUGCUCCUAGAAAUGGGAUGCGUAGGAAUCUGUGGAUCGGAUAUUCAUUAUCUUGUCCAUGGCAGAAUCGGUGAUUUUGUAUUGACAAAACCUAUGAUUAUCGGUCAUGAGUCUUCUGGAAUUGUCGCCAAACUUGGGAAAAAUGUAAAAAAUUUAAAAAUCGGCGAUCGUGUUGCCAUUGAACCUGGUGUGCCCUGUAGGAUGUGCACGUUUUGCAAAGAAGGACGUUAUAAUCUAUGCAAAGAUAUUGUAUUUUGCGCAACUCCGCCUGUGCAUGGCAGCUUAAGACGUUUCUACAAACAUGCAGCUGAUUUCUGCUUCAAAUUGCCCGAUCAUGUCAGUUUAGAGGAAGGAGCACUUUUAGAGCCAUUGUCAGUGGCAGUACACACUUGCAAACGGGGCGGGAUCGGAAUUGAUUCUAAAGUAUUAAUUCUUGGAGCUGGGCCGAUCGGUUUGGUGACAUUACUGGUAGCUAAAGCAAUGGGUGCCAGUAAAGUAGUUAUUACGGAUAUCAUGGAAAAUAGACUGAACAUAGCGAAGAAACUUGGCGCCGAUGAUACAUAUCUGGUGCAAAAGGAUAGAUCGGAGAAAGAUACAGUGGCUGAUAUUCAUGCAAUCUUUGAGGGUGAACCUAACAGGACGAUAGACGCUUCUGGCGUACAAGCCUCGAUUCGUUUAGCGAUUCUCGCGACCCAAUCCGGUGGAGUCGUGGUAUUGGUAGGAUUGGGUGCAUCAGAGGUGCAAAUUCCACUAAUGAGCGCUCUGGUAAGAGAAGUCGACAUCAGGGGUAUUUUCCGAUACGUAAACGACUACAGUGAUGCAUUGUCGCUCGUCGCAUCUGGCAAGGUAAACGUGAUGCCAUUGAUUACUCAUAAUUACAAAUUAGAAGAAACCAAGCAGGCGUUUGAAACCAGCAGAACUGGAGCAGGUGGAGCUAUAAAAGUAAUGAUCCAUUGUAAAUAGUUAAUUAAUGAAAUUCAGAAUGUCAAAUGCAAUAGCGCAAUCUUUUGCGAAGACUACUAUACUAUAAACUUUUAUCUUUCUACAUCGCAAUAUGUUAAAUUGAAAUUUUAUUAUUUAAAAGUAUAAAUGAAUUGUUUUAACGUUUGACUUAAUCGAAAUAUGGAAUUGAAAAACAUCUGAAUAUAUUUAUAACGACGUCAGGAAGAUUAGGAUUAGUAGGAUAUUUUAACACCAAAUAUCUUUCAUCGUAUUAUCAUCGUGUAUAUUUUACUGUACGAAAUGCUAAUUUACACGUGAUGAAUCUUUUGCUUGGUAGUUUAAUGAAAAGAAUACACUUCUACGACACACUUAAAUGCCGUAAAGAUCGCAUAAAUUAUAUGUACAUACGUUUCUGUUGAAUGCGUACAAUGGCUCAAAAGAACGACAGUACAUUUCGAUUAGUAUAAAUUUCGAUUAAUGAUAAUGUUCGCAUUUGUUAAUAUCUUACAAUAUUAGUAGUACAAUACAUUGACAUUGAUUAAUAUUAGUUACAUUGGAAGUGCAUUUACCAAUGUUUUCCCAAUAUAACGUCAAUAUCGGUCAUAAAAUAUUAUGUUUCAAAUUAUGUAAUUAAUAUCCAAUAUGAAAAAUUGAACAAAGAUUGUUGUCUAAUAUUGAUUCAAUAUUGGCCCAAUUGUUAAAUCAAUAUUGACUCAGUAUUGCUGCUUAGAUAAAUUGGUUAAAUAAGGUAAAGCAUUUACAAUAUUAGACCAGUAUUGGGGAUAUUACAUUGCUUCCCAAUAUUGGAUCAAUGUUUUGUGCUACUAUGAUAUUUUCCUUAAAAUAAUAACGAUAAAUAUUUGUUAUAUGAACAAUAAAGUUUUAUUUCUUUAAAUUUGAUAAAA